GGAAGCAAAUACUGAAGUGUAAGACUUCUGGUUUGAAACAGCUUUGCUAUAUUACACUUUCCUUAUUUGUGUUAUUGAUAAUGAUAACUUAUGUUGGGUGUUAAAUGCUUGGAAUUUUUUUCUUUCUUCCAGAUGAAAUAAAAACUGAGCUGGAAAAGCAAAGGGAAGGCACUGCUACUCCACCAAAAGCAAACUUCAUUGAAGCAGAUAAAUACUUCCUUCCAUUUGAACUGGCCUGCCAGUCAAAGUCUCCACGCAUUGUCAGUACUUCACUGGAUUGUUUACAGAAACUCAUUGCAUAUGGACAUAUCACUGGCAAUGCUCCAGACAGUGGAGCUCCUGGCAAACGACUGAUUGACCGAAUAGUUGAAACCAUUUGCAAUUGCUUUCAGGGUCCUCAAACAGAUGAAGGAGUACAACUGCAGAUAAUUAAGGCUCUCCUCACUGCAGUAACAUCUCCGUAUAUAGAAAUUCAUGAAGGAACAAUUCUUCAGACUGUUAGAACCUGUUACAACAUCUAUCUGGCCAGUAAAAAUCUUAUUAAUCAGACAACUGCCAAAGCUACCCUUACGCAGAUGUUAAAUGUCAUUUUUACACGGAUGGAAAAUCAAGCUAUACAAGAAUCCAGAGAAAUAGAAAAAAUUAAUCAGCAAAAAUCCCAGUCUCCUGCAAUUCAAGCGGUGUCCAGGUCUCCAAAGAUUGGUCAGUUAAAGCACAGCUAUCAGGAAGGGAAACCUGCCAUUCCUGUAAGUGUGGAAUUAACGAAUGGUGAGCCUGAGAAGGUAGAGAAUGGAGACAUGAAGUUGGAGCGGGAUCUGCCUCUUUCAGCAUCAGAGGAAACAACUGAUGGAGGAAAGGAAAUGGUUAAAUGCAUCUUGGAAGAUGUGGUCAAGUCAGCUGUGAAAGUGGCUGAAGAAAAGCAGGUAACAGACAGAGCUGAGGCUUUACCUGCAUUAGAGAUGGCAGAUAUUGUUCUUCCUGGCUCUAAUAGUGAAAAUGUACAAACAAAUGGGAUUCCAGAUGAUGGGCAGUCUGUUUCCUCCACUGAUAAUCUGGAAACAGACGUAUCUGGACAUCAGGCUACUGCCAGAUUUUCCCAUGUUCUACAAAAGGAUGCCUUCCUUGUGUUCAGGUCGUUGUGCAAGCUCUCCAUGAAACCACUUGGUGAUGGACCACCAGAUCCCAAAUCUCAUGAAUUGCGUUCUAAGGUAGUGUCUCUCCAGCUUCUUCUCUCAGUACUGCAGAAUGCUGGUCCAGUUUUCAGGACACACGAAAUGUUCAUCAAUGCAAUCAAGCAAUAUCUUUGUGUAGCAUUAUCUAAAAAUGGAGUCUCUUCUGUUCCUGAUGUAUUUGAGCUCUCUCUUGCCAUCUUCCUCACGCUGCUUUCGAAUUUUAAGACCCAUUUAAAAAUGCAGAUUGAGGUGUUCUUCAAAGAGAUCUUCCUGAAUAUUCUAGAGACUUCUUCAAGCUCCUUUGAACACAAAUGGAUGGUGAUUCAGACUUUAACUAGAAUUUGUGCAGAUGCCCAGUGUGUAGUGGAUAUUUAUGUUAACUAUGACUGCGAUUUAAACGCUGCUAAUAUAUUCGAACGCCUUGUAAAUGAUUUGUCCAAAAUCGCACAGGGACGAAGUGGGCAUGAGUUGGGAAUGACACCUUUACAGGAACUAAGCCUGAGGAAAAAAGGACUUGAAUGUUUGGUUUCUAUUUUAAAAUGUAUGGUAGAAUGGAGCAAAGACCUUUAUGUGAACCCUAAUCAUCAGGCUAGCUUAGGUUCAUAUAAACCAUCUGAACAGGAAAUGGCUGAAGGUAAAUGCCUUGAGAGUGGAGGGAGACGGAGUAGUGUCAGUUCUUUGGACUCCACUGUAUCCUCAGGAGUUGGAAGUGUUGGUACCCAGACUGCUGUCCCAGAUGAUCCUGAGCAAUUUGAAGUCAUCAAGCAACAAAAGGAAAUAAUUGAACAUGGGAUAGAACUGUUUAAUAAAAAACCAAAGAGAGGAAUACAAUACCUACAGGAGCAAGGAAUGCUUGGCAGUACAGCAGAGGACAUUGCACAAUUUUUGCACCAAGAAGAACGCCUCUGUUCUACUCAAGUAGGGGAAUUUCUUGGGGAAAGCAACAAGUUUAACAAGGAAGUGAUGUAUGCCUAUGUAGACCAGCUUGAUUUCUGUGGAAAAGACUUUGUCUCUGCUCUACGUAUAUUUCUGGAAGGUUUUCGUCUGCCAGGUGAAGCCCAGAAGAUCGAUAGAUUAAUGGAGAAGUUUGCUGCUAGAUAUAUUGAAUGCAACCAACGGCAAACACUAUUUGCUAGUGCUGACACUGCCUAUGUUUUGGCAUACUCUAUUAUAAUGCUGACUACAGACUUGCACAGUCCACAGGUAAAAAAUAAAAUGACAAAGGAGCAAUACAUUAAAAUGAAUCGAGGAAUCAAUGACAGUAAAGACCUGCCAGUAGAGUAUUUAUCCACAAUCUAUGAAGAAAUAGAAGGAAAGAAAAUUGCAAUGAAAGAGACAAAAGAAUACGCAAUUACAACCAAGUGUAGUAAACCAAGUGUAGCUAAUGAGAAGCAGCGGAGGUUGUUGUACAAUUUGGAGAUGGAACAAAUGGCUAAAACAGCUAAAGCCCUUAUGGAGGCAGUAAGCCAUGCAAAGGCUCCUUUUACUAGUGCCACUCAUCUGGAUCAUGUCAGACCCAUGUUCAAACUUGUAUGGACUCCAUUGUUGGCAGCUUACAGUGUUGGCUUGCAGAACUGUGAUGACACAGAAGUUGCAUCCCUUUGUUUGGAAGGAAUACGCUGUGCAAUUAGAAUAGCCUGUAUCUUUGGAAUGCAGCUUGAACGAGAUGCUUAUGUACAGGCCCUUGCUCGUUUUUCCUUGUUGACCGCCAGUUCCAGUAUUACAGAAAUGAAACAGAAGAACAUAGAUACCAUUAAGACACUUAUUACAGUCGCUCAUACAGAUGGCAACUAUCUUGGGAACUCUUGGCAUGAG